AUUAUCUUGAGGAGGAGGAUAGAAAGCUACAGGCAUAUAUAACCUGGAUUGAAUCAAAGGAAGAUUUCUCUUUGCCUUUUUUUUUUUUUUUUUUUUUUUUUGCAACCUUUUCUCCUUUGUGGUCACAUUUUAUAUCUCUUUCUAUCCAUCACUAAGCUACUGGGAUCGAUUACAGCAACUCCCCCCUUUUCCGGAUUUUCUUUCAUGUCCAGACUUGGUAAAUCGGGGUUGCAUGGACCUCCUGAGUGCCCAGCAUUUCAUUUCUUCUUCUACCCGGCCGAUCUGAUUUGUAUCUGUUUUGGACACGCUGCUUUCUCUUUCAGUGCUUAUUCUGCAUUCCCGAGCCCUUGUUCUUUGUCCACUAAGGAACAGGUCUGGUGGUGGUGUACUUGUAUCUCGACGUGAUGAAUGUAAACCUGUUUUGCAUAUCUGCAAAUACAGAGACAAUGGGAAUCUUUACUCUGAGCCUUUCCAGGUCGACUCAUGUUAUGGAAGCCCCAUGCAAUCUGCAGUCCUUUUUUUUUUUUAAAAAAAAAGCGUAUGUAUUGUAUAUUGGUCUGUGUCUGCUAAAGUCGAAGAAUUAUUUCAUAGAUGCAGGAAGAAGAGGGGACAAGUAAUAGUAGUUAUUGUUGUUUAAAGGAGCUUGAUAUCUAAAAAUACACACGUUUGGAGGGAUGUUACAAAAAAAAAAAAUCCCCUCUUUAAUCACAAGAACAGAUAUCCACAGGAAGGGAGGGAACCAUCACGAUACAGAGCACAGAGCACAGAACACACAUAGUACAAUUCCUCGCCUAGCUG